UAAAUAAAUAAAUGAAUCCCUCACAAUAAUGAUCCUCUUGUAUAAUAUGCGUGUGUGCGCUGUUAAGCCAAGAACAAAGGAAGAAUAUAUUUUGUUCUUAAAACAUUUUAGUAACAAAAAAGGCUUCAUCACCGUUUAGGUUUAUCAAUAACAUUCACUCUUCUUCGUAUUUGCCGCUUUUAACUUCUUAAUUUCGCACACUUCGUCUCUUUCACACCUUCUUCUUCGUCCUUCACACCCAAACAAGGUGUUUACUUUACUGCUACAUAUGUUAUUUUUACAUUGAUUUCAAUUUGGUGAAAUCUGAUUGAAGAACUAUGCAAAAGGAUACUACUACUAGUUCUGCUCCCUCAACUUCAACUGGACGGAUUAGGCACCGAAAACGCUCAAAUGAGGUUAUUCCGGAUGAUAGUAAAGCAAAUGGUAAUAAGUUACUUGUUAAUGACAAAAGCAAAUACAAGUCCAUGUUGAUUCGUGCAUAUUCGUCGGUUUGGAUGAUUGGGAGCUUUGUGUUGAUCAUCUAUAUGGGUCACCUCUACAUCACUGCAAUGAUUGUUGUUAUCCAAAUCUUCAUGGCAAGAGAACUUUUCAAUCUACUCCGUCGAGCUCACGAAGAUAGGCAGCUGCCAGGAUUUAGGCUAUUAAAUUGGCAUUUUUUCUUCACUGCAAUGCUAUUUGUUUAUGGACGGAUUCUGAGUCAACGACUGGUCAACACAGUAAAUUCAGACAUGGUUUUAUAUCGGCUAGUGAGCAGUCUCAUAAAGUAUCAUAUGGUUAUCUGCUACUCCCUGUACAUUGCAGGGUUUAUAUGGUUCAUUCUCACAUUGAAGAAGAAGAUGUACAAGUACCAAUUUGGCCAGUAUGCUUGGACACACAUGAUUCUGAUUGUUGUAUUUGGGCAGUCCUCUUUCACUGUGCCAAGCAUUUUUGAAGGGAUUUUCUGGUUUCUUCUUCCAGCAACACUUAUUGUCAUUAAUGACAUUGCUGCUUAUUUCUUUGGUUUCUUCUUUGGAAGAACCCCUUUGAUUAAGUUAUCUCCAAAGAAAACUUGGGAGGGUUUUAUCGGGGCAUCUGUUACAACCAUCAUAUCAGCAUUCAUGCUUGCAAACAUCAUGGGUCGGUCGUCUUGGCUGACGUGUCCUAGAAAGGAUUUGUCAACUGCUUGGCUUCACUGUGAUCCCGAUCCACUGUUUACGCCAGAAUCUUACUCCUUGUCAGGAUGGAUUCCUUACUGGUUUCCUUGGAAAGAGAUCUCAAUCCUACCAGUUCAAUGGCAUGCUCUAUGUCUUGGUUUGUUUGCUUCUAUUAUUGCACCUUUCGGAGGAUUCUUUGCAAGUGGCUUCAAAAGGGCUUUUAAGAUAAAGGAUUUUGGUGAUAGUAUUCCAGGACAUGGUGGAAUUACUGACAGAAUGGACUGCCAGAUGGUUAUGGCCGUGUUUGCGUAUAUAUAUCAUCAGUCAUUUGUUGUGCAGCAAAGUUUAUCGGUUGAAGUGAUAUUAGACCAGAUAUUGAUGAACCUAACAUUCAAUGAACAAGAAGCUCUGUAUAGGAGGCUUGGGGAAAUGUUGGAACAAGGGAUUAAAAGGAUGUCUUAGAUCCACUGCAAGGUGUAUUUGUCCCUUCUCCUUCUAUUUACAAGGAGAAGUGAAAAAGAUACUUUGUACAUGUGUGUUCUCUAUCUUUUGAGUGAAACGGAUCAAAGGUUCAGAAUCAGGAACCUGUCAAGAUGUGUAUAGUGUGUAUCUUGACAGUUAAAAUAUCCCAUUCUGUUUCUCUCAUUCCUGUUCUUGAAUAUUUUAUUGAUGGCUUUGCUUGAUCAGCCAUUUGCUCACUCGAUAUCUUUGGAAUAUUCAAAUAGCCAAUGGCAGCUCAAGAGGAACGCCUGUAUUAUUUUUUCAGUUCCUUGAGGGGUGUGUUAACAUUUUUCAAUUAGUUGUAAUUUGAAUGAAGUUGGAUAUGUUCUACUACCAAUGAAACAAUAAACCUUGUUCUACGUAUAAAUCACAUGUUGCAAAUAUUGUGAAGGGAAAGACAGAGUACACCAUAGCAUGCUCAUUGCUUUCCUAUCUAUGAUGCUUUUGUUCAAAUUGUUGCUGUGAUUUUGAGUUUGCAUGUCA